GAGAGAGAAAGUAGAGAGAGAACACCCCCCCCCAUGUGUGUGUGUAUAUAUAUACAUACAUGUAAGCACAAUCUCUCACCUAUAUAUAGAUAGAGAUAUAUAUACACUUUAGAGAGAGAAAUCAAACCCCAUUUUCUCCUCGAGCUCGUCGUCUCUCUCCAUCCAUCGAUCUUUCGGAAAUCUGCUACUAAUUUAGCUUUUGGAUUAUUCCGGUGGGUUUGAAGAAGAGUUGGUUGGAAUGUCAUCUCUCAGUAGAGAACUGGUCUUCUUGAUCUUACAGUUCCUGGAUGAAGAAAAGUUUAAAGAGACCGUUCACAAGCUUGAACAAGAAUCUGGGUUCUUCUUUAACAUGAAGUAUUUUGAAGAUGAAGUGCACAAUGGGAACUGGGAGGAGGUUGAAAGAUACCUCUCCGGUUUCACAAAAGUGGAUGACAAUCGCUACUCAAUGAAGAUCUUUUUUGAGAUUAGGAAGCAGAAAUACCUUGAAGCACUGGAUAAGCAUGAUCGCUCCAAAGCUGUUGAGAUCCUUGUAAAGGAUCUUAAAGUGUUUGCAUCUUUUAACGAAGAGCUUUUUAAGGAGAUAACUCAGCUGCUGACAUUAGAGAAUUUCAGGGAGAAUGAGCAGCUAUCAAAGUAUGGGGAUACCAAAUCGGCACGAGCCAUUAUGUUAGUUGAGCUGAAAAAGCUUAUCGAGGCAAAUCCCUUGUUUCGUGAUAAGUUGCAGUUCCCAAACCUCAAGAAUUCAAGACUGCGGACACUCAUCAAUCAAAGCUUAAACUGGCAGCAUCAACUUUGUAAAAAUCCUAGGCCGAAUCCAGAUAUUAAAACUCUUUUUGUCGAUCAUUCCUGCGGACAACCUAAUGGUGCACGUGCACCUUCUCCAGCUAACAAUCCCCUGCUUGGAGGAGCAGUACCAAAACCUGGGGGCUUCCCUCCUUUGGGUGCACACGUGCCCUUCCAGCCUACUCCAGCACCUGUUCCAACACCACUGGCUGGUUGGAUGUCUAAUCCACCUACUGGGACUCAUCCAGCAGUUUCUGGUGGACCUAUAGGUCUUGGUGCUCCAACAAUUCCAGCCGCCCUGAAGCAUCCAAGGACCCCACCAACGAAUCCUUCUGUUGAUUUUCCAUCUGCUGAUUCUGAACAUGCUAGCAAAAGAACCAGGCCACUGGGAAUUUCCGAUGAGGUAAAUCUUCCUGUCAAUGUUCUUCCUGUGUCAUUUCCCGGGCAUGCCCAUAGCCAGACUUUCAGUGCACCAGAUGACUUGCCAAAAACAGUAGCUCGGACUUUGAACCAAGGAUCAUCUCCUAUGAGCAUGGAUUUUCAUCCCAUCCAACAGACUCUACUUCUGGUCGGUACCAAUGUGGGAGAUCUUGGUUUGUGGGAAGUUGGUUCAAGAGAGAGGCUGGUCCAGAGAAACUUCAAAGUUUGGGAUCUGGGUUCCUGUACAAUGCCUUUACAGGCUGCUCUGGUGAAAGAUCCUGGUGUUUCUGUGAAUCGCGUAAUUUGGAGCCCUGAUGGAUCUUUGUUUGGAGUUGCAUAUUCACGGCACCUAGUACAGAUCUUUUCAUAUCAUGGAAAUGAUGAUGUUCGUCAGCAUUUGGAGAUUGAUGCUCAUAUUGGCGGAGUAAAUGAUCUCGCAUUCUCCCACCCCAAUAAGCAGCUUUCUGUGAUAACCUGUGGGGAUGACAAGUUUAUCAAGGUUUGGGAUGCCACAACUGGUACCAAACAAUACACUUUUGAAGGUCAUGAGGCCCCUGUCUAUUCUGUCUGUCCUCACCACAAAGAGAAUAUUCAGUUUAUCUUUUCUACAGCAUUGGAUGGAAAGAUUAAGGCUUGGUUAUAUGACAAUUUGGGAUCUCGAGUUGACUAUGAUGCUCCUGGUCGUUGGUGUACGACCAUGGCCUACAGUGCUGAUGGCACAAGGCUUUUUUCUUGUGGGACUAGUAAAGAUGGAGAGUCACACAUUGUUGAAUGGAAUGAAAGUGAAGGCGCUGUGAAGAGAACAUAUCAAGGUUUCCGGAAACGAUCUUUAGGGGUCGUGCAGUUUGAUACGACUAAAAAUAGGUUUUUGGCAGCUGGUGAUGACUUCUCUGUCAAAUUCUGGGACAUGGACAAUACUCAACUUUUGACCAGUACUGACGCUGAUGGAGGUCUUCCAGCAAGUCCACGGAUCCGCUUCAACAAAGAUGGGACUCUCUUGGCCGUUUCUGCCAAUGAAAAUGGAAUCAAAAUUCUAGCAAAUACUGAUGGUCUUCGGUUACUACGCACAUUUGAAAAUCUCGCUUUUGAUGCUUCAAGAGCAUCUGAAGCUGCAAAGCCUACUGUAAACCCAAUAUCUGCUGCAGCUGCCAGCAGUGCAGGACUUACAGAAAGGGUGGCCUCUGUUGUUAGCAUCUCUGCAAUGAAUGGGGAUGCAAGAAAUCUUGGAGAUGUAAAACCCCGAAUAACGGAAGAAACUAAUGACAAAUCAAAGAUUUGGAAGCUCAGUGAAAUUAGUGAACCAUCUCAGUGCCGGUCCUUGAAGCUCCCUGAGAAUUUAAGAGUAACAAAGAUAUCAAGAUUGAUAUACACAAACUCAGGUAAUGCUAUCCUGGCAUUAGCUUCAAAUGCAAUUCAUUUACUCUGGAAAUGGCAGCGAAGUGAGCGUAAUUCAAGUGGAAAGGCAACUGCUACUGUUCCACCGCAAUUAUGGCAACCAUCAAGUGGCAUUUUGAUGACCAAUGAUGUUUCUGACACAAACCCUGAAGAAGCUGUUCCAUGCUUUGCUUUGUCUAAAAAUGACUCUUAUGUAAUGUCUGCAUCGGGGGGAAAGAUCUCUUUAUUCAAUAUGAUGACAUUCAAGACAAUGACAACUUUCAUGCCUCCACCACCAGCAGCAACAUUCUUAGCAUUCCAUCCUCAAGAUAAUAAUAUAAUUGCAAUUGGCAUGGAUGAUUCCACAAUUCAGAUAUAUAAUGUUCGAGUUGAUGAGGUCAAAAGCAAGCUUAAAGGCCACUCAAAAAGGAUUACAGGCCUCGCAUUCUCACAUGUAUUGAAUGUGCUUGUUUCAUCUGGAGCUGAUGCUCAGCUCUGCGUGUGGAGUUCUGAUGGAUGGGAAAAGCAGAAAUCCAGAUUUUUGCAACUUCCUUCUGGGAGAUCACCAGCAGCACAGUCUGAAACACGUGUACAGUUUCAUCAGGACCAGAUUCACUUUCUGGUUGUACACGAAACGCAGCUCGCGAUAUAUGAAACUACAAAGUUAGAAUGUGUAAAGCAGUGGGUACCUCGUGAAUCUGCUGCCCCAAUAUCUCAUGCAACAUUUUCAUGUGAUAGCCAGCUGGUUUAUGCUAGUUUUCUAGAUGCAACUGUGUGCAUAUUCACCGCUGCACACCUCCGUUUGCGAUGUCGCAUUAAUCCUUCUGCAUAUCUUUCUCCGGGAGUCAGUUCAAAUGUACAUCCACUUGUGAUUGCAGCACAUCCACAAGAACCUAAUCAAUUUGCAUUAGGUCUAUCAGAUGGUUCAGUUCAUGUUUUUGAGCCCCUUGAAUCGGAAGGCAAAUGGGGUGUCCCACCACCAGCCGAAAACGGCUCUACAAGCAGUGUACCAACCACUCCUUUAGUUGGAGCUUCAGCCUCAGAUCAGGCACAAAGAUGAUCCAAUAGUAGUCUCAGAAACCUUACAUGCUCUACUUGCCAGCUCCUUGGGAAUUUCGGUAAUGUUGGCUAUCUAAUAUUCUCUAUACUCACUGAUGAAGACUGAAUAGCUUCCGUUCUGGAAAUAAGCUAGCGCCCCCCAUCUUGUUCCAGGAAACUGUGGUAGAACACCUGUACAUUACAUCUUCUUUCCGGGCAUUGUGUAACACAUUCUUCUCUAUAUUUUUCUGGAUACAUGCAGUUUUUGGAGCUGGAUAUGUAAUUAUCUCAGACCUUUGGCUCAAACAUGCCAAUUCACUAACAGUUUGGGUGAGAUGUGAUGUAAGAUUAAUGUUUUUAGUGAGUGUUAACAGUCAAUUUUCCACCUUUAUAGAGAGUAAACAAAUUUCAUUUUUUUGUCC